CCUUCGGUGUCAAUUGUCUUUCGAGUAUUUUGAUAACCAUUGAUGUAGUUCUUUUCCUACGCAAUACCCAUUUUUGCUGUGGUUAACCUGUGCAAUCUAUUAUUAAGUUUACCUUUCAAGCAAGUGUAUUUCAUCUUACAUAGCUAUGACGACUGAAAACCUUACAGCGGUUCUUCACACGGUCAAUGAUCUUCGAUUGGAAAAUCGCCCUAUCCCCCAGCCUAAAGAGAAUGAGGUUUUGUUGCGAAUGGACAAAGUUGGAAUAUGUGGAUCUGACGUCCAUUACUGGGUGAAUGGAAGAAUCGGAGACUUUGUUGUGACCAAACCGAUGGUGUUGGGCCAUGAAGCUGCUGGAGUGGUACAAGAAGUUGGAAAAGGGGUUACACAUUUAAAAGCAGGAGAUAGAGUAGCUAUUGAACCAGGAGUUCCAUGCCGAACAUGUGAUUACUGCAAAGGAGGUCGCUACAAUUUGUGCCUGGAAAUGGCUUUCUGCGCCACCCCGCCCUACGAUGGAAAUUUGGCGCGCUUUUAUACUCACGCCGCAGACUUUUGCUAUAAGCUACCAGAUCAUAUGAGCAUGGAAGAGGGAGCACUUCUGGAACCCCUUUCGGUGGCCGUUCAUGCCUGCAGGAGAGCUGGAGUCACCAUUGGACAGAAGAUCCUGAUUUGUGGAGCUGGACCAAUAGGUCUUGUAUGCCUGCUAACAGCUAAAGCUAUGGGAGCAUCAACCAUCAUCAUUACUGAUAUAUCUGAAAGCCGAUUGGAAGUUGCUAAAACCCUUGGAGCUGACCACACUUUAUUGGUCGGUCAAAAUGGUGCAGAAACAUUGGCCCAGCAAGUUGCUGAAAAACUCGGUUCCCCAUCCGAUGUCACCAUUGAAUGUAGCGGUGCUGAAUCUAGUAUACGGCUAGCGAUUUUUGGCACUAGAAGUGGAGGGGUAGUAGUUUUAGUAGGACUUGGACAAGCGGAAAUCAAAGUGCCUAUCGUCAAUGCAGCUGUCCGUGAAGUUGACAUUCGAGGAAUAUUCCGCUACGCCAAUUGUUAUCCAACUGCGUUGCAACUCGUGGCGAGUGGACUUGUCAACGUUAAACCGUUAAUUACUCAUCGUUUCACGUUAGAAGAGACUGUGAAAGCCUUCGAAACCGCUCGUGCGAGUGCAGCUGGAACAAUUAAAGUGAUGAUAUCGUGUUCAGAUUAAAGGGAUUUCUAUCGCCUUUGUUGUCCUUUCAGGUUUGGGCAAAACAUGUUUUGUGUUGUUGAUUAGCUCACUGGGGAGAUGGGAACAGAAAAAACUAUAACAAAAAUUAAAUACACAAAUCUUUACUGGUUA